GGAGAAUCAACAUGGCGGCGCUAACAGCGGUCAGUUGCCUUAGGGCGCUGAGAUCUUGCGGAAGGAGCAGCCAUUCCCUUGCUCUCUGGCAUUGGAUGAAGGCCCCAUCGCCUUCCUUGCAGAACAGUGCUUGUAUACCAAGGAUAAGAGUGCAGCGUGUAGCAUCCUCUGCCUCUGAAGAGACCCAGAGCGAUUCUAAGGAGGGGCGGAUCUUCAUCAGUGACAACUGUGUGAAGAGGCUGGUUGAAAUUGCAGAAGGGUCUGAGUUUCUCAGACUGGAGGUGGAAGGAGGUGGCUGUUCUGGUUUCCAGUACAAGUUUUCCUUGGAUACAGUUGUCAAAUCUGAUGACAGGGUUUUUGAACAAAGUGGUGCCCGAGUGGUUGUGGAUUCAGGGAGCCUAAGCUUUGUGAAAGGGGCAAUGGUGGACUUCAACCAAGAGCUAAUUCGCAGCUCGUUCCAAGUGGUGAACAAUCCACAGGCAGAACAAGGCUGUUCCUGUGGAUCUUCCUUCGCAGUUAAGCUCUGAUCAAAUGUCUCCAUGUGGACUCUGGUGGAUGCUGACAGUUCCCUUUUUGGUUGCAUGUUGUGUUCAGCUUCUUGCAGCAGCUGCUAUAGUCAGUCGUGCAGUAGACUGCAAGCAAACCUUGAGACAAGAACUGAUCUCUCCAGGACUAGAGGGGAAGUGGGCUAGUCCUCCCCCCCACCCCGCCCAAAUCCCUGUCCAGUUUCCCAGCAGUUGCCUUGAUGACUCUCUACGAAGCAUUUGAAACAAACUGUCACACUGGGAAUUUUUUGUACAUACUUCUGUGAUAUAAUGUAUUUAGUUUUUUUCGUGUGAACUUCAGUUAAUGUAAUGUUCAUGUAUGUUAGUAUCCCUUUUCAUUUGUUCAUUUGGAGCCUGGUGAAUGCAUGGAUGGGUGAUUGAGGUCUAUACUCUUUCUGGACCUCCACGCAUUCACAGGUAGUUUUUGCAUGGGUCCUGUGUGCAUACAUCUGAAAGCAGGUGGGAUUCUGUAUCCUGGGAUCCUGUAAAAAGGUAAAGUAGACAUUGAUGCCUGUAUAGGGGUGGGUUUUUUGUUUUUGUUAUUUUUGCAAUUGCCCUGAUGUUUGGAGAAUAGGAAUAAGCACUUCUUAAAGAUGUGGUGAGUUGUGGUUUUGGUGGUGGGAUUGGCCUGGGGAUGCUAAAAGUGCAAGCUGGAGAGAAGAUCUUAUCACUUAGGUUUUAUGCCUUACAAUUUCCUCCCUCCUUUUGCUUCCCCUUUUGUUUCUAAACCCCAUUUAAUGGCCACUUUAAGAGAAAGAAGGUCAACUGUUGUUGCUUGAAAAGGAAUAGAAGACUUCCAUAAUGAACAAUUGUCUUUAAUAAUCUAACAGGACAUCUGCCUAACAGUGCCUGAUCAGUAACCAAGAGGUUUUUUUAAAAAAAUAAUAAUAAUCCCCAUUUAAUGGCCACUUUAAGGCAAAGAACUUCAACUUUAAAAGGGAGGGCUAUAAUGAACUAUCUUCUAUAAUAAAAGAGGAUAUCUGUCAGUGCCAUAGCACCAAGACCAUAAAAUCUGGACACCUGAAACUCUGCGUGCAUACUAAGAGAACCCUAGGGGAUGUGCACCUCUGGCUUACUUUGUUUUAAAAAUGCAUUCAUUAAUUUUAGUUAAUUUAAAUGUCCCUGUGUUUGAAACCCUACAGUCCUUCAUCAGUCACUUGGUGGCAGACUUCCCUAACGUAUGGAUAGCUUUGCAGUUGAUAAGUUUGAAGUGGUGUUGGGGGUGGGGGGAGUCUGAAGGACAGACUGAUACGCCUGCCCCACUGUCUGCUGUGAAGCAGGGGGGCCCUCCGAGGAAUAUAUUGGACAGACCUUUCCUUUAGGAAAGGUGAGCCACGGGAGGGGCCAAGCCCAGGGUGCCAAUGGCUGUGGCUUCACUCAGCACAAUGUGUCCAACUCUUGAUGAAGGCUUUAUAAAACAAAAGGCUGUUUCAAUCCACACAAAACCAGGGACUUUUGCUUUUGCUAAAUAAUAAUGCCUUGACUCUCAUUCUCCCUCAAUCAGCCGGGAAUUAAAAGCUUCACUUUGGAAUUGAAACAGACUUUGAGUAGCACUACAUGCCUGUACAAAAACCUUUUCUUUGACCUCAAAGGGAAUCCUUUGUACAGUUAGUAGACUUCUGGAAGGCUUGCAAAGUCUUAAUCUGUGAAGGGUGCACGUGUAUGUGUUCAUCAUAGUCAUUUCUAUAAUGCCUACAUGUAUACAUUGUUCUUUGUAGUUACCUCUGUAUUGCUCAGCUGGGGCUCAUCUCUGCUCUCUUUUGGGUUAGAGAAGCCUUUUCUUCCUGUUCCUGACAUUAAUUUCCUGUGAUUAAAAAAGUAAGGUAUGCUGUGUGGUUUCACAUGAGAGCGUAUCAGAAAGUCAGAACCUCAUUUUCAUAUGCUCCACUUUAUGUUGGAUUAAGGAAAUAAAGUGACUUGCCAGUAUCAAAGGCA